AAAAAAGUCGAAAAAGAAAAUUUCUUGUUCGCAAAGCCAAGCAGAGCAGUAUAUAUAUCCCACUCCCCGCUUCAGAGAGCGUUAAAAGCGGCUAACGGGUACGCUAAAGCUAGUUAUCACUACAAAUUUCUGAUCCGAACAAGUUUCAAUUUUAGGGAAUUAGGGUUUCAGUGCUCUUCUUCUAUAAACUGCUACGCUUUCGUUCGUCUUUUAUAGCUAUGGAUUCGUCUCUCGUGAUCAAGGCGAAGUAUGGAGAUACUCUCAGGCGAUUCAGUGUUCGCGUGGAUGAGAAUAACCGACUUGAUCUUAACAUGGUUGGGUUGAGGGCUAAGAUAUGCUCUGUUUUCAAUUUCGCCACUGAUGCUAAUUUUAUUCUGAGAUAUGUGGAUGAAGAUGGUGACUUGGUGAAUCUUGUGGAUGAUGAAGAUUUGCAUGAUGUGAUGAGACAGCAAUUGAAGUUCUUGAGAAUUGAUGUACAUAUGAUCAAUAAUUCUGAUGUUAAAUCAGAUGCUGAUGGCUCUAGUGGAAGUGCUACUCCUUUAAGAGCUAAUCCUGUCUCAGACCCGUUUGUAGCUGAUGCUUUGCUAGCUCUGCCAGAGCCGUUGCGCGAGGCUCUUUAUUCAUCAUUUUCCAAAGCCGCGUCUUCAAAUCCAGUGCUAGCAAAUAUUGCUGAUUCAAUUUCCAAAAUUGGACAAUCCAUUCUAAAGCCUCAAGGCAAUUCUCAUACUGCAGGUGGCUCUGGCUCAGGCUCAGGCUCGAAAAAAGGCGUUCCUGAUGUAACUGUCACUCCAGAAGCAAAAGGUUCACAGUCUCCAUCUGUGGAUUCUGCUUCUGGUGUUUCAAUUUCUGUGCCAGAUGUACUGCAGGAGGCUCUUUCUAAUUUAUCAGUUUUAAAAGCUGCAACUGCAAAAAAAGUGCUUCGCAAUUUCACUGAUUCAAUUUCAAAAACACAUCUGAAAUCUCACUACCGGGGCCCUCUUGUUGCAGCUGGUCCAAGCUCCAAAAAAAAUGUUCAUGAAGAACUUGUCACUUCCGAAGCAAGAGGUCCACAGUCUCCAUUUCCGGGCUCUGCUUCCGAUGUCAAUAGCCAGGCGGCAGCCUACAAUGUCCGGCAACAUGUUGAGGCUGAAAACAUGAAUAGGAAUGUACUGGCAGCCUCCACUGCCGGUCGACAGGUGGACUCUGGAAAUGCGGGAAUUGCCCCUGUUGAUCUCAAUUCAUCCACAAAUAUGAAUAAAGUACCACUCUCAUCAGCAGUUCCUGUUAGUGUUGACAAGGGUAAAGCGUCUAUUGAUGACAGUGUUGCUGGUAAGGGUGAAAGAGUUCCAGUUAGUGUUGACAAGGGUAAAGCCUCUAUUGAUGACAGUUUUGCUGGUAAGCAUGAAAGAUGUGUAACAUCAAUGAAUUCUGCUGUUCCUAGUAACUUAAACAAGAAUCCUGCAAUAAGUUUCGGUGCUCCUUUUGACUGCCCAUUUUCUGGGCCACAUAAUCUUCAUUCAAUGCCACAUCCUCUACAUUCAAUGCCACAUCCUCUAGGUAACUUUCGCAUUCCUCCAUUUAAAAGGAGCCACAGUCACUCUGAUGCAUUGAAUGGUAUGUUUCACAAGGGUGUCCGCUGUGAUGGCUGUGGAGUCUAUCCAAUAACUGGACCUCGUUUCAAAUCCAAAGUAAAAGAAAACUAUGACCUCUGCAGCAUUUGCUUCAACGAAUUUGGUAAUCACACUGAUUAUAUCAGGAUGGACCGUCCUGCAUCUUUUCGGGGUCCAAGAUGUUUAUAUCAGAAUCCCAAAGAAUUUGUAACUACAUUUGAACUCAUUUCUAUCCUUUUUUUCUUCUGUGACUUUACACGUAUUGAUAUCUUUUUUCUUAUGGUGCAGAGGCUUCCAAAGAUACCACAGCAUGUUUUAAAAACAGCUGGGAAGCAUGCAAGGCCAAGGCUAGAUAGUCGGUUCAUUUUGGAUGUCAAUGUUAUAGAUGGUACAAUGAUGGCUCCAUCUACUCCGUUCACGAAGAUCUGGCGGAUGCGCAACAAUGGCACAAUAGCGUGGCCCAAGCGAACUCAACUUGUUUGGAUUGGAGGGGACAAAUUAAGUGAAUCACAUUCUGUUGACUUGGAGGUUCCCGAUUCUGGUAUAUCCGCGGAGAUGGAGCUUGACAUUGCAGUUGAUUUUAUCGCACCCCAGUCACCUGGUAGAUACAUAUCAUACUGGAGGAUGGCAUCUCUCUCCGGACAUAAAUUUGGCCAAUGGGUUUGGGUCCUUAUACAGGUUGAUGCUUCUCUCAAGGACUCAUUCUAUGAUAGCUUUCAAGGCCUGAACUUGAAUAUUCCCCUUGGUGGGGGUAGCUCUGAAGGGCCUCAGAUUAUAGAUAUCAAUGUUCAACCUGUUGAGGAUGUUGCUUUUCACCAACCCAAAAAUCCUAAUGCUCCACCUGAAGCUGUGAAUCAAAUGGUUGAUAAGGAACUAAGACCAGAACUGGGAAAUGAAUUUCCUAUCAAUAAAGCUACAUUUGUUGGCCCUGCCGCCUCAGCCCCUGCAAUUCCGGAGGCAUCUUCAUCUGUUUCUUACCCCAUCAUUGAUUUCUAUGGCUCAGCCCCUGCAAUUUUGGCAACACCUUCAACUGUUUCUUACCCAAUAAUUGACUUAUCUGGCACAACCCGGGCUGUUCCCUCCAACCAGCAAGCCUCAACUGCGGAUGCACUAUUAUCCUCUUUAGACAAGGAUGGAAAUGAUUCUGUGGAAGAGGCCCUCCUUAAAGAGCUUGAGGAGAUGGGUUUUAAGCAGAUUGAUUUAAACAAAGAGGUUCUGCGAAUGAAUGAGUACAAUCUGGAGCAGUCAAUAGAUGAACUCUGUGGUGCUUCUGAGUGGGAUCCUCUCCUUGAAGAGUUGCAUGAUAUGGGUUUUUGUGACAGAGAGACUAACAAGAGGCUGCUGUUGAAGAACGAAGGAAGCAUUAAGCGUGUUGUUAUGGACUUAAUCAAUGGAGAGUAGGUUUCAUUAUGUAUUAGCUAUUAUAUUAUGGAUGUUUAAUUAAGUAAUACGUUCAGGGAGAACGUUGAAUAAUCGCUAGGCACACUGCUAUCUAUUUUCCUUGACUCGAUCUUGUGUUGUGGUGCUAUGUCAUUGCAUAUAGACAGUUGAUCGAUCUCAUGUUUUAUGCAUAUAUAUAUAUAUAUAAAAGACAAGACUAUGUUCUAUUUAAUGUCUAA